GAUAACUAUAAUACAAAUAUAAUAAUAAUAGAAGAACUCACCAUGUUCAUCUCUGUCAGAAGAAUUCAGAAUCAUAUGUACUAGUACUUCUUCUUCUCUCUCUCUCUCUCUCUCUCUCUUUCUUAGCUCUCUCUCUCUUUGAAAGCAACUCUCAUUAGUUACGUUACAGACGGAGAGCUAGAGAAGACAAAAACGCAGCUCUCUCCUGCGUUUUCUUCCUUUCUUUUCUCAAUUCUCAGACAAAACACAGAGCUCUUCUUCUUUUCUUUUUGCUUUCCUUUUCCUCUGGUAACUUCAACAAUCUUCGUUUUUGGGCUGCUUGAAUAUUCAACAAGAGAUUAGAUUGUUUUAUAUAUUCGAUGGUCCUGAAUCGAACAGGACCCACAAAUGAAACUUUUUUUUGAAUAUUCGAAGCCAAAUUCAGGUUUUGGUUGUAAAAGAUCUGGGCUUUGUAAAGGAGGAGCUUUGAUGUGUUAGAAUAAUUAAAAAAAAGAAGUUAGUAUAAUAAAUGGCGGCAAAAGUAGAAGCAGCAACAAUGGGUGGUGAGAUUGAUGAAGAAGAGAGUGAUGAGAGAGGUAGCAUGUGGGAUUUGGACCAGAAGCUUGAUCAAUCUAUGGAUGAAGAAGCUGGUCGACUCAGAAACAUGUACAGAGAAAAGAAAUUCUCGGCUCUUCUGCUUCUGCAGCUCUCGUUUCAGAGCCUCGGUGUUGUAUAUGGAGAUUUGGGGACUUCUCCUCUCUAUGUUUUCUACAAUACAUUUCCUCAUGGGAUCAAAGAUCCUGAAGAUGUCAUUGGAGCUCUAUCUCUCAUCAUUUAUUCACUCACACUCAUCCCUCUUCUCAAAUACGUUUUCGUUGUUUGUAAAGCAAAUGAUAACGGUCAAGGUGGGACUUUUGCGCUGUAUUCAUUACUCUGUAGACAUGCCAAAGUGAAGACAAUUCAGAACCAGCACCGCACUGAUGAAGAGCUUACUACUUACAGCCGUACUACGUUUCAUGAGCAUUCCUUUGCUGCCAAAACCAAAAGGUGGUUAGAAAAGCAUACUUCUAGAAAAACUGCUCUUCUUAUUUUAGUUCUUGUUGGUACCUGUAUGGUCAUCGGCGAUGGAAUCCUUACUCCAGCCAUUUCGGUUCUCUCAGCUGCUGGUGGGUUAAGAGUAAACCUUCCUCACAUAAGCAAUGGUGUUGUUGUUUUUGUUGCUGUUGUGAUAUUAGUCAGCUUGUUUAGUGUACAGCAUUAUGGAACAGACAAGGUUGGUUGGCUUUUUGCGCCCAUUGUUUUUCUCUGGUUCCUCUCUAUUGCAAGUAUUGGUAUGUACAAUAUCUGGAAGCACGACACUAGCGUCUUGAAAGCUUUCUCCCCAGUUUAUAUAUACCGGUAUUUCAAAAGAGGCGGUCGGGAUCGCUGGACCUCUCUUGGAGGCAUUAUGCUUAGUAUAACAGGAAUCGAAGCACUCUUCGCUGAUCUAUCGCAUUUUCCGGUCUCAGCUGUGCAAAUUGCUUUUACAGUAAUCGUGUUUCCUUGCCUUCUUUUGGCUUAUAGUGGACAAGCUGCCUACAUUAGGAGGCAUCCGGAUCAUGUGGCUGAUGCAUUUUACCGCUCCAUUCCAGGAAGUGUAUACUGGCCAAUGUUCAUUAUUGCAACAGCUGCAGCGAUUGUGGCGAGCCAAGCCACGAUAUCGGCGACGUUUUCCUUAGUCAAGCAAGCUCUAGCCCACGGGUGUUUUCCAAGAGUGAAAGUGGUGCAUACUUCUAGGAAAUUCCUCGGUCAGAUUUACGUUCCUGACAUCAAUUGGAUCCUAAUGAUCCUUUGCAUAGCUGUUACUGCUGGAUUCAAGAACCAGAGUCAGAUAGGAAACGCUUAUGGGACCGCAGUAGUGAUUGUCAUGCUCGUGACAACACUUCUUAUGACGCUGAUCAUGAUCCUCGUGUGGCGUUGCCAUUGGGUUCUGGUUCUCAUAUUCACCAUCCUCUCACUUGUCGUGGAAUGCACCUACUUCUCGGCCAUGCUUUUCAAAAUUGACCAAGGUGGUUGGGUACCGCUUGUAAUAGCUGCAGCUUUUCUCCUCAUCAUGUCGGUAUGGCACUACGGAACUUUGAAGCGAUACGAGUUUGAAAUGCACAGUAAAGUCUCAAUGGCUUGGAUAAUCGGACUUGGUCCUAGCCUUGGACUUGUUCGGGUUCCCGGGGUUGGUCUCGUUUACACGGAGCUAGCCAGUGGAGUCCCUCACAUUUUCUCUCAUUUCAUUACAAACCUACCGGCCAUUCACUCCGUUGUGGUGUUCGUGUGCGUCAAGAACCUCCCAGUUUACACCGUCCCCGAGGAAGAGCGGUUCCUCGUUAAAAGGAUUGGUCCAAAGAACUUCCACAUGUUCCGUUGUGUCGCCAGGUACGGAUACAGAGACUUGCACAAGAAAGAUGAUGACUUCGAGAAACGCCUCUUUGAGAGCCUCUUCUUGUAUGUCCGCCUUGAAUCGAUGAUGGAAGGGGGCUGUUCGGAUUCCGAUGAGUACAGCAUCUGCGGAAGCCAGCAACAGCUCAAAGACACGGUUGGGAACGGAAACGAGAAUGAGAAUCUGGCAACUUUUGAUACAUUUGAUUCAGUAGAGUCAAUAACGCCUGUGAAACGGGUGAGUCACACGGUGACAGCAUCCAGCCAGAUGAGUGGUGGAGUAGACGAGCUGGAGUUCAUAAAUGGGUGCCGUGAUGCGGGAGUGGUGCACAUAAUGGGUAACACGGUGGUUCGAGCCAGGAGGGAAGCGAGGUUCUACAAGAAGAUAGCCAUUGACUAUGUAUAUGCGUUUCUUAGGAAGAUUUGUAGAGAGCAUAGUGCUAUCUACAAUGUUCCUCAGGAGAGUCUUUUGAAUGUUGGUCAGAUUUUCUAUGUAUAAUGAUGAUUUACAACAGGUUUGUAUUGUAUAUGCAUUUGUUUUUAUACUCUUGCUUGUAUGUAAUGUCUAUGAUGUUGUAUAGUUAUAUCAAAAUUUUGGUGCA